CAGUCCAACAAAAUGGCAGUCCACGAAUCAUUUUUGUUUCAUAUCACAUCGGAUAAAUUCAUCAUCGAACCGCGAGUUGAUGGAGUGAAUGAACUGCUGGUGAUCGACCGAGUGACGCAGGAAAUUUCACUCACAGCCAAUGAUGGUCAGAUUCCGGCAUCAGCUUUAACCAAAACAAUCUACGGAAUCUUUGGCAUAAUCAGACUGGUGGCAGGUCCGUACUUGAUAGUGAUUACAAAGAAGAUCAAGGUCGGGGAGAUCGACAAUCACUCGAUAUGGCAGGUUGUCGACACAGAGAUGCAUUCAUACAAGAGAACAUUUUUCCACCUUAACGAAGGACAGCAAGUGCACAACAGGACAUAUGUUUCAAUGACAGAACAUGUACUGAAGACAGAGCACUUCUACUUCUCAACGACCUUUGACCUCAGUCACACGUUACAGAGACUGAGUAACACCAGUCCGGACUUCCAGUCUCUGGCUCUUCAUGAGCGAGCUGACCAGCGGUUUGUGUGGAACGGUCACAUACUUCGUGAGCUGGCUCAGCAACCUGAACUGGGAAAAUACUGUCUUCCCAUUAUACUGGGUUGUAUUUUCAUAAAGUCUGGCAGUGUGAACAACAAGCUGUUUGACUACAUCCUGGUGUCCAGACGCUGCAUCUACCGAGCGGGAACACGCUUCUACAUGCGGGGAGUGGACGACGAGGGUCAGGUGGCCAACUUUGUCGAAACGGAACAAAUCGUGCAAUAUAACGGAAACAAGUGCUCCUUCGUACAGACGAGAGGUUCUAUUCCACUGUUUUGGUCUCAACGACCCAACCUUAAGAGGAUACCGGUGCCUAUAAUAUAUUCCACAAAAAGUCAUGUGGAGGGAUUUAAGAGACAUUUUGAUGAUCAGGUUUAUAACUAUGGCAAACAGGUUGUUAUUAACUUGGUGAAUCAGAAAGGAUAUGAACACCUUUUAGAAAAAGCUUUUGCUCAGACUGUUUUGAAUGCGCAGAAUGAACAUGUCAGGUACGAAGCGUUUGACUUCCACAAAGAGUGCAGCCAGUUGAGGUGGGAUCGACUGUCACUUCUCAUCAACAGAUUACAGGAGGAACGAAAACAGUUUGGUUAUUUCUUUGUUCAGAAGGAUGGCCAUGUUGUGAGUCAGCAGCUGGGUGUGUUUAGGACGAACUGCAUGGACUGUCUGGACCGAACGAACGUCGUGCAGGGAAUGCUGGCUAAAGAAGUGCUGCAGGAGCAGUUAGCGAGGUUUGGUGUCAUGGAAUCGGAACAAACAAUAACUGAUGGCAGUGUGUUUGACCUGAUCUACAAAAAUGUGUGGGCUGACCACGCCGAUGUGAUUUCUAAGCAAUAUGCGGGAACAGGAGCGUUGAAAACUGAUUUCACACGAACGGGCAAAAGAACCGGUCUUGGUUUGAUUAUGGAUGGACUGAACUCGGCUGUUAGGUAUUUCAAGAACAACUUCCAGGAUGGAUUCAGACAGGAUGCCAUUGACCUGUUUCUUGGAAACCACAUUGUUGAGGAGACUGAAGGGGUCUCAGAACCGUCGCCACUCAAAGUAGAACGGGAUUGGAAGUACUACGCUGUUCCUGUGAUAUUUCUGGUUGCCAUGGCGAUGUUUGUGAUAAGCAUAUUGCUGCCAGAUGAACACUUUACAGAGAACCUGAUGUACAUAUUGUUCUGGGGGACAGCCUCGGCGAUCACCCUGGCUGUUAUAGUCACGUAUGGACAGGAAUUUGUCGAUCAGCCGCGACUCGCACAGGCCAAGGUCAAAAUGGAUUAGCUAUAUGAACGGGGAACUUUUAUUGUGUAACAACGAGAUGUUGUCCGUUACCAAAACUGUGACAAUUGUGACGCUGUUUAUUUCUGGAAAUUAUCUUUCCUAAGAUUGUGUUGCAGGCUUUUUCUUCUUCUUUUCUUUUUUUUUGAAUUUCCACUGUUUGUGAAACUUCCAACACUAUUUUUGAAAAUCCUAACAAAAUCCGACAUUAUUUCCAACAAUCGAAACACUAUUUUUCUAAUUUCCAAAAAUUUAUUGGGAUGCAUUUUUUGAAAAUUAUAUUUUGUUUCAUUUUAACACUAUUUCUGAAAAUUGCAAUAUUAUUUUUGGAAAUCUCAACACUAUUUUUGGAUAUUCCAAAAACAAUAUUGAUACUACAACAAAGGAACGAACUGUUGGCAAAAUGAAAACCAGCUUGACAAGAGGUAAUGGUUUCUGUUUUAUUAUCCACAUACAUGUAGUUCAAGAUAUACAGGGAAAUAUAAACAGUAGGACACACAUAACGAUUUCACGUGCAUAACGAAUGACAUAAUUUUGGGAAGCGACAUCAUAACUUAAUGCGGCUUCUCCAGUCUUAGCUGUGUGUUAUCGCUUACCAAAACGGUCUUUACUUUUGAAACGUUUUGACAUGGUCCUUGUUAUUCAUAUUAAAAAAUUAUUACACUCGCGUGUGAAUCAUACUGAUUUUACGAAACUUGUCAGGAUUCAUGUACUACCCUCACUCGCUCAGGCAAUACAAACAUCCUGCCACUUGUUUUGUCAAAUCAGUACGACACAAGGUCAUGAAAUAAUCUCUAUGUAUUUCUCUUAGCUGCCUUGUACUGUUACUUCCUCAUUAUAAUAUUGCCCUAGCACAAAGAAAAGCAGUGGUAAUGGU